AUGUCAACUGUAUCCGCCCCUCCAGCUCAAGUUGAUCACCACCAGUUCUGGGCCGAUCCAAUCCUUUGCGAGGAAACGCGAGCCAGAUUGCAGCAUUUCCGCAGUCUCGGAUGGCUCCCUCCAAACUUCAAGCCAAGAACGCUGAUAGGAAUCGCCGUGGUCGAACGGUACUGGCGGAAAUAUUGCAUUCAAUCGAACCAUGACUACGUGGACUAUCUUCUGCUGGAAGACCAAGCGAUUUACAUGAACUUUUUCGACUGGAUGUUUAAGACAUCACGAAAGAAAGCACUUCAAUCGUACGACGAAUACUGGCGCCGCCUUUGUCAAUACUUCGAGCUAUUCGCCCGCCGCAGUGUUAAUGACGAUGUUCAUAAACAGAUGCGACGCUUUCUCAAUGGCAAAUUCCCGGCUGAGCGGAAAAUUUCCAGACGAACGAAGGAUAAGAAUACUCUAGAUGUGGACGUCUUUUGUGUGAUCUAUCGGCAUCACUGGGUACAUUCGCGGUUUUUUCGUCAUGGAAGUAUGAUUGUCCAAUUUGCUACCAUCCAACUCUGGUCAGCCAUUACCGGGACCCGACCUAGCGUCUUGCUUCCACAGAACACCUCUCUACCUGACGACUCCUCUCUGAGCAAGCGCAAACAAAAUCCCACUUUUCAGAGUGAUCUUCCGAAGCACAUCCCCGUAACAGACCUUCCGGACUCGGUCUGCUACCGCGACAUUGAACUCUUCUACCUGCGCGACCCUCAGAACAAACGUGACGUUCUCUGUGCGGUGAUAGAGUUUCGUAACUUAAAAGGUCGGCCGGAAGGUGCUGAUGGAACCAAAUUUUUCAUGCACGGUGAUUAUCAACUGGCAUAUUGUCCGAUCACUCAAAUCAUUUCUUUCGCUUUUCGAGAUGGAGCGUUUGUUAAUACCGAACUAACACCGGAGCUCAUUUGGCGGCUCCGAGUUCCAAAGCGCAGUUCCUCACUUCCGCUCCGCUGGAAGCCCGAGGUUCUUAACACGCCCCUCCUUCGGCGGCUUGAUCGCACAACGUAUGGCUAUAAGCUUCAUCCGUCGUUGCCGAUGACUUAUGAGUCAAGUCGACGGGCACUUAAGGAAUUAGGUCGAGAUGCUCGAUUCGAAGACGAUAUCGGACAUUACAAUUUUCGUCGUUGGGCCGCAAAUGAAGUCAAUCGGAAUUUCACUAGCCAGGAACGGCAGAGGGUGCUUGGUCAGUCGGGUGACGCGGUUUUCGAAAAACAUUACCAGUCACAAUUCAUUGCACGCGAUCUCCAACAUGUUGUUCUCCUCCGACCACCCCAGGAGGGUUUAUUGCGCUUCGCUAGCAGUAUGCUCAGAAAGAGGGAUCCGUUAGCGCCGUCCGAGCUUACCGAUACACAUAAACGUGCUAUUUGCCGUCAUCCGGAAAUCCUGGACUUGAAACGAGAGAAGAGAGAGCUUAUGGCGGAGAUGCGAUCUUUGGCCGGUACCGUAAAGAAUGCCCGAGAUUCCUUUCCACGCCUUUAUCAAAGGCACGAAGCUAUCAGCAGAGAAAUGGCCAAACUUCGCAAAGCCUUGGCAACCAAUACUCGAGAAACAGCCAGAAAGGACUAUUUCCGUAACGCGCCUAUACUCGAGGUCGACCGACAGAUCAAGCAGCUUCUUGGCGAGCCUGACAUUGAAACAUGCGGGGGGGGACAGUUCUGA